UGUAGUCGAUCGCCGAUCGUCUCCACCGUUAGCUACCCGCGGAGACAGCUGGAGCGACACAGCAGUCAGCCACACAACAAACCUGCCCGGAGACCUGACAGGCUCACAAGUGGCAAAACAGUUUGCUCGGACAGCUCGUCAACCGGUAGGAUCUUAUGGCUGAGAGCGAGGAUAUCUUUCUCAGGGCAAAACAUCGGGCAUUCAGCGGGCUAACUGAAGAUGCAGAGCGUGAGUGGACGGGACCAUUUUGCUUCAUCCAGGCCGCAGACCCCCAACUUGGGUUGAUGAAGGCCUGGAGGGUAGGCGACUGUGACGGCGGAGGGGACGAAUGGGCCGAGGAGGUUGAGCUCACAAAGCAGGCUGUGGAGGCCGUAAACCAGCUCAGACCCAGGCCGAGGUUCAUGGUGCUGUGUGGGGACCUGGUCCACGCCAUGCCAGACACGCCAUUCAGAGAAGGUCAGGAGAGAGACCUUAAGGCAGCCUUGAAGGGAACAGAUCCCUCCAUCCCGCUGGUGUUUGUCAGUGGGAACCAUGACCUGGGCAACACACCCACCCCCAGUACAGUGGAGCAGUACUGCAGCGCAUGGGGAGAUGACUACUUCAGCUUCUGGGUGGGUGGAGUCCUCUGUCUGGUUCUGAACUCCCAGUUGUUCUACGACGCCUCGGCCUGCCCUAAGCUGAAGGAGGCCCAGGAGACGUGGCUGGAGGAGCAGCUGAGCAGAGCCUCCUCCUCCUCCUCUUCAACGGAACCCAAACCCAAACACAUCCUGGUGUUCCAGCACAUUCCUCUGUACCUGAAGAGCCCUGAUGAGGAGGACGACUACUUCAACCUGCAGAGGGCAGUCAGACAAAACCUGCUGGACAGGUUCAGGAAGGCAGGGGUGAAGGCGGUUUUCUCCGGCCAUUACCACCGAAACGCCGGCACUCGCCACGGCGGCCUGGACAUGGUGGUGAGCUCGGCCAUCGGAUGCCAGCUGGGCAACGACACGCACGGCGUCAGGGUGGUGGUGGUGACCGCCGACGACGUCAUCCACCGCUACCACAGCCUGGAGCAGCUGAGAGCACGAGGCAUGGACGAAGACCUCAGGAAGCUCCUGCAGGCCUGAGGGCCGAUGAUGGAGGGAAAACUGGUGGCCGGGUCUUUUUCUUUUAUUUAACGGUUUUGUUUGGAUUUUACAGUUUGGAGCCCCUGUUCUUAGAGGCAUACAACACGUGUUUUUGGAGAUUGGUGUGUUGGUCAACUUGUGUUUGCAGAUAAGAACAUGAGAUGUUAAUAAACUUUUGACCAAUGUCCCAGUCUUCAAAAAAUCUGUGUAUUCAUUCAAGUGGAAAAAAAAACUUCAGGAUUUAUAUUGAGGCAUGUACUGUUUAUUUGACCUGAAAUAAGAGAAAGGCAGUGAAUUUAAACCCAUGAAGACGAGACCACAUGCCAACCAAACAUUAUAAAUCUUACUGAAUGUUAUGAUGAAAUUAAAUUGGGUUUAUGUUCUCUUUGCUGAAUGCUUUCCCUCAGAUUCUCUCUCGGCAGAUUGUCGUUAUUGUCUCUGCUCUCUAAAGCCGGUGGUUCUUCUGUGGAGAAGCACUUCCUUUUCUGCUCAGUCCUCCUGUAUCUGAAGUAGCAUUACAUCCUCUGACACCCACUCUGUCUGUCUGUGCAGUGUAAAAUGUUAACAGUUCAAGACUGUACGCUCUGCUGUGGUCAGAUGUUGCCAGUGUAACUUUAAAUGUGUCCAAACUGUUCCAUCGUUUAAGGAAGAUUCCACCCUGAGACACUGACGACUUGAUCAGAGCGGCUACUGGAGGCGUGAGCAAUGAAAAGAUACUUUAGUUCAGCUGCUCAGUGUUGAAGGGUGGACUCUUACUUAAAGGAUCCUAAAAUAUCCAGCUCUUUCUUCUACAUUUGCUGUCGCUGCAGUGUAAUACCUGGCUGGCCAUCCUAUGCAAUCUCAUCACAUCACCAUAUUGUGUAUGUGUGUGUUUAUUUAUGUUUAACUCUGUAUAUUGUCUGACUGACCUGGAAGAUGUAACUCUAACUCUGACCUCAGCUCAGAUUUGAGCUGUUUAUCUAUAGCCACUGACAGUGUCCGUGCAGGGAAAAGAUAAAUAAUACUUUUUUUACUGUCCAUAGUGUUGUAGAGUCUGAAUUCAUGUUGACUUGAGAGAUUAUUCUUAAUCCAUAUUAAUUAUAACCAAAUGACAAUCUUGUUUCUUUUUUACUGGAAACAGAUUUUAAAGUUAUAAUCCUCAAGAUUUCAGUCUUGAUUGAUAGAAAUACACCUGAGGAAACACCUGUGGCAAUGUUCAUUAAAACUGAUCCAUAGUAAAAAGAAAAGUAAUGCUCCUCAUGAUUGUAUUCGUGGUAAAAUAUCACGGUCAGUGCGACAAACACACCGCCUCUCCUGUGACUGUUUCUGCCUGUUACACACUCACAACGUGAAGCAGCAGCAGUAGGAGAUGUUUGGUUCGCAUUAGUAGUUCCAUAACAAAGCGCUGACACUGCAUUUUGGAGAGAGAACAGUAAACAGUGAGGCUGGUAUCAUGAGAUACAGUCACAAACAAAUUUGUUUCACGAAUAUGGACAGAAAGUUAAAGCCAGCGUGGGAAUGGCGGACUCCACAAUGUAAACACACUGAAUGGCUGUUGCACAAGAAGGAGCCCAUAAAUGGUAUAAAAAAUAAAAAUCUCAAGGAUUAUAACUUUAAUGUAGCAGAGCUUAUUUGUGCCCAGCUGAUCACUAAGCUUGAAUGCGCUGCCCUCUAGCAGAAAGUCCCUCGUGUCACAUCUGAGAUCAAAUCAGAUUACUUCAUUACCAAUAAAUUACUCUGUAGCGCGAGUGUUGCAAUAUCCAUUUGGUUUUCUCCUGGUUACUUGUCUAUGAAAGCGUGGAUCAAACUGACUAGUUUUCCCCUCACUGUGGUUGUUUUUAUGAUGAAAACAUUUCAUCAUCGGACUGUGAUUUCAGUCUAAAUUUAUGGUGCAACACAUUUAAAUCACAUCAGUUAAAUCUGCACACGCACGUGAACUCUACACACACACAGGUGCUCAGUAAAUAAGAUGAAAGUGUGAUUGUGUCAGGCUGAAAUAACCGUGAUAGUGAUGCGAACUGUUGGUGAUUAAUGGUGGGAGGAGCGCAGUAUUUCCUGACUCUUUAGUCAGAGCUGAAACACCCUAACAGUGUUACAGCUUACUGGCUGCAGACUUAUUUGGGAGCUCACAGUCCUGAAAUUGUCUUUAAAAUGAACAUUUCUGCAACAAAAUGACUUUCUCUGUGAGCCCUAAAUGACUCUACUCGAUUACACUUUCCACACAUACACACACACACACACACACACACAGACUCUCACACUCGCCCUGACCGACUGAGAAUGUAAGAGAGUUGUCAUGGCAACCCUUUAGCAACACAUCUGUGUGUGUCUCAGAGAGAAACUGUGAGUGUUGGAGAGAAAGUGUACAUACUCCCCGUCUGUGUGUGUGUGUGUGUGUGUGUGUGCUUGUGUCCAUCCGUGGUCUGUAGGUGAUUUUCCAUCAGCGACGCGAUCGCUGACCUCAUUUCACACUGACGGAUUCUGUCUCUUUUCCAAAAAGUCAGCAUGUGAUGGAGGGAGGAGGGGGCGUCUGAGAGGAAUGGAUAAUGAGUGUGAUGUGUGAAAGACGACUCAGUCCAUCUCCUUCAUUUCCUGUCUGAGAAGGAACCUUAUGUCCUUAUCUAUUUUUAUAUCCUCAUGGUAGCCGAGCUCAAUCACAUUGUUCUUUAUCUUUUUGAGUGUGUGUGUGUGUGAGAGAGACUUUGUUUCAGAGCACAUUUUCUCUAUGACUUUAGGGGAACAUCACACAUUUUGACUUGUUCAUAUGUUGAACUGUAAUGAAUGACCAUACUGAGCACCACGACUGUGACAUAAUUGGUUGUAUUUUUAUAAUAAAUCUUGAUUUUAUCUAAUGA